AUGAGAGACAGAGCGGAUGCUGUUGUCUCUGAUUACUGCGGGUUUGUGGUCUCGCACGGCCGUGUGAAGUUAAAGUCGAGCGCGCAGCAGGAGGAGGAGAAGAGGAAGGAGAGAGAGCAGAAGCUGAAGGCGUUUGUGUCGGCUCGCGACGCUGUCCUGAAUAAGAGGAGCGCUGGAGAACAUGACGAGGAGGCUUUGCAGUUGACUCAGCAGCUCCUGUCCUCAAACCCGGACAUCGCCACACUGUGGAACUACAGGAGAGAAGUGCUGCUGCAGCUGGAGUCGUUACGAGAGAAAGAUGAGGUACAGAAGCUGUACGAGUCUGAGCUGCACUUCAUUGAGGCCUGUCUGAAAGUGAACCCCAAGUCUUACGGCUGCUGGCACCACCGCACCUGGGUGAACACACGCCUGCCCCAGCCUGACUGGACACGGGAGCUCGGUCUCUGCGACCGCUGCCUCGGCCUGGACGAACGCAACUUCCACUGCUGGGAUUACCGCCGCACAGUGGUGAAAGAGUCUGGUGUUUCUGUGGAGCAGGAGCUGCAGUUUACAGAUCGGCUGAUCGGCUCCAAUUUCUCCAACUACUCCAGCUGGCAUUACCGAAGCACGCUGUUACCUCAGCUCCACCCACAGCCGGCCCCUGACUCUGCCCCCAACACAAGCCCCUCCCCUACUGCCUCACCUCAGAUUCACUCACACAGAGUCUGUGAGGAGCAGCUUCUGAAAGAAUAUGAGCUGGCACAUAAUGCCUUCUUCACUGACCCCAACGAUCAGAGCGCCUGGUUCUACUACCGCUGGCUGUUGGGCCGAGCGGAGCGAGAGGAGAUGAUCAGUUGUGUUUAUGUCAGCCGGGAGGGUGAGAGGGUGUCUGUCGCCUUCUCCAAACCUGUUCAGGCGCUGUCGGUGGGUCUGAUGCUGGUGUUGGACGGGCAGCCUCAGCAGGUGGAGUGGAGAAGCGCCCAUCCGCGUUUCCGUCACAGUCCUGUCUGGCUGUGUGAUCUUCCUCCCGGAUCCAUCGCUGACAUGAGUAAUGAACACAACCUGACCGUCCACUGGACAGAAAAACACACACACAGAGACUGUGCUCUCUACACCGGCUGUGCUGAAAGCUGGUGCAGAGACUCUGCCACUGAUCAGGAACUCUUCAGGAGUGAGCUGUCGGUUGAGAAAGGUUCAGUGCUACAGGCUGAGCUUCAGUCCUGCAAUCAGCUGCUGGAGCUCGAACCUCAGAACAAAUGGUGUCUGCUGACAGUCAUACUCCUCAUGAGAGCUCUGGAUCCUCUAGGCCACGAGAAAGAGACUCUGGCACAUUUUCAAACCCUUAAAGAAGUGGACCCCAUGCGCUCUUCCUACUACAGUGACCUGUGCAGCAAGUUUCUGAUUGAAAACACCAUUCUGAAAAUGGAGUAUGCAGAGGUGCGAGUGUUUAGCCUUUCCAAUAAGAACCUGACGACCUUGUGUCACCUCGAUCAGCUUCUCUUGGUGACCCAUAUCAACCUCUCCUCCAAUCAACUUGUGCGGCUGCCACCUCAGUUUGCCAUGUUGCAGUGCCUAGAGGUGCUGGAGGCCGAUGAUAAUGCCAUUGAAAGUCUGGAGGGACUAUAUCAUCUGCCUAAACUAGAGGAGGUUUCUCUGAAGAACAAUCAAAUCUGUAAACUGUCUGUUCUUGAAUCAUUGGCGUCCUGCAUGAAACUGACCAGACUGGAUCUGCGUGGAAACCCUGUCCACAAAACUGCCAACAUAGAGUCUGAGCUGAGCCAGCUGUUGCCAUUGGUUACUGCCCUGUCCCUUUGAUGUGUGUGUCUGUGUGUGUUUGUGUGUGUGUGUCUGUGUGUGUCUAUGUGACUUACUACAUGUACUGCCUUAGAGACUAAUUAGAGCUCACUAACCAUUUCUAAACCUGUACCUCAUGUGCUGAACCUAAACAGACUUAAAGCGAUAGUUCACCCACAAAUGAAAAGUCAGUUAUUUAACUGUAUUUUGUUAGGCCAUAUGAUAUUUUGAUGAAUGUUCAUGCUUUUCCAUACAGUGACAGUCCUAAUUUAAUUAAAAUAAAUGAGCAUUUAACUUCAGACGCAUUUCACAGAACCUGAGAAAAAAACUUUCAUUUUUUGGUGAACUGUGCCUUUAAAAACAGUCUGCAUCCUGUCUGUGUGUUUGUGUGUGAUAAAUGACGGUUCACAAUCACAUUUGACCUCUAUAAACCCCACACUGCAUGCUGAUGGAGAAAAUGUUUUGCAACAUUCUGCUUGUUACUUUUAGCGCUUGAAGUUCUGAAGGUCAGGUCAUGUUUUGGGCAGAGAUAUUGUUCUUGCGAAUGUAUCUGUGAAGAUACAGUUAGCUUCUUGUACUGUAUGAAUUAUACACCAUUUUAGCUCUGCAAAAGUCAUCCAUCUGUGGUAUGUGUAAGCUGCAGGUAAAAAUGCCAAUAAAGAAACAUGUCUCUUCCCCA